UCACAGCUUCACGAGAUCGAUGGCUGUUUCUAGUCGUAUGGUGAAAUCGGCUUGAUAAGGGAGACCGUGAAUAGUCGGGCCUCCUUUGCGAGACCCUUGCCCAUUCUAGCUGGAUUUAUGUUUGGCUUGGAUCUACAUGUGCCAAAAUGAGAUUGGAUUUAAACUCAGUAGGAUAGUCGCAACACGGAUACUGCCUUCUCAUUUAUAGACAAUGUUAAUAAUUAUCAGACAUCGAAAAGAGUGUGAUGUGGAAGUGGACUUGAGAUCAUAAGAGAUGAGCGUGAGGAUGCGACGCCAGUCCUCCAAUACUUCAGGGGAGAACGACAUAAGGCUACGAAAUAACCGGUCGGGCAGUCAUGUCCAGCAGGAGAGUCCACCCUCCUCCCCCUCCAACACCAAUGACCGAGGGUCCCGUGCCUGCUGCUUUUGUUGGUGCUGUUGUUGUUCUUCUUCAUGCCUUACAGUCAAAAAUGGCGACGAAGGACCCGAAAGUUCAAAGGCUUUAGGACCAAUUAAUGAAAAGGAUGAUCCACCCACGCUAGAGGAUAUCAAGAUGUGGGGAGAGUCCUUUGAAAAACUCAUGAAGAGUAAUGGUCGAAAAGUCUUUAGGGAAUUUCUACGAUCAGAAUAUAGCGAAGAAAAUAUGCUGUUCUGGCUAGCAUGUGAAGAACUUAAGAAAGAAGAAAACCCUGAGGUUGUAGAAGAAAAGGCCAGAUUAAUAUAUGAAGAUUACAUAUCUAUACUUUCUCCUAAGGAGGUUAGUUUAGAUUCAAGAGUUCGGGAAGUUAUCAACAGAAAUAUGGUGGACCCAACACCUCAUACAUUCGACGAAGCACAGCUGCAAAUAUUCACCUUAAUGCAUCGCGAUUCCUACCCUCGAUUCUUGAACUCACAAAUCUACAAGAAAUUACUACAACAGUGCUCAUGAGAGUCCCAUUACCUGUUAUUUUGAUACUCGUGUUAUGGCGGCAUAUAUUCAGCGCGGGGAAACGUUUAUAACUAUUCUCCCGGGGAGGGGAUGGGGUGCUGAAGCAGACGAUUACACAACUACGGCCCGAGGACAAAAUAUAGGCAAUAUUCUAUUCUGCAGUGGAGGUGUAAAGGGGCAUGGCAUGUGCAAGAACGGCGCUGCUGUAGCUCACUCCUCAGUUCGGGAGAGUAGAAAAGGGAGACGGGCCUUUUCAAGGAACCAGUACAAACAGAACCCCAGAAUUUGGACAUAUUUCCCCGCAGACAAGUUGAGGAGUCGUCCUGUCGUCAGCAGACUGGAUGAGUUUGUGUUUCUCCCACAGACUGGAAGUGCAGGCUGCUGGGUGAAUGGAUGGUGUAUAGAAUGUGCCCACUGUCCACGGGCUCCUCGUGGCUAACCUCCUCUAGGAUAAUAUGACGUUGGUUGUUUUUAACACUUUUAUCACUGGUGUCCCACAUAAUCAGAGACCUCACAGGCUGUGUUUUUCCGUCAUGUGGGAAGAGAAAUUUUCCACGUGCCCAGUAAUCGAAAAUUCUCGACUCAUAUAGUAACCGUGUUCGUUAAUGUGAUUACAACAUUUUUGAUGUAUUCUUUUCUUUUACUUAUUGUUAUUUUUAAGUUCGUUUUUAAUGUUAAUCUUUAUUUUGGAUAAAUGCUAAAAUACCGUUGCAGAUGGGUAAUAGAAAUCUGAACUUUACAAUGCUCUCCUCAGCAGGAGGAAGGAUUUUUCCCGUGUGACGUCAUCUCCACGUGUCAUUGCAUCAUGUUCGUAUGUGAAAGAGGAUCUGUAGAUGAGUGCGACUCACUAACGUUCUUAAAAGUAUAGUGGGACCAACGUGCACAUACCAGUGAAAUAUAUUUAUCAUUUUUGUAUGAACGCUACUUCAGAUUGUCGGCUGUCAAAUUUUGGUUCUUGGUUUGCUUCUUAGAAGUACUGGGAAUGUAGAAGUCCAUAGCGUCAUGUCAAGUUUUUUCAAGGCGCUUCUGAGUGAUUCCACCGCAUAUGUAAAGAGUUAAUUUCGUCUUGAGUAGGACACGUGUACAUGAAUAGAGAUAAACCUGAGCUUCGUCUGUUUCAUGACAGCGCAGAUAUCGUAAUUAAAUAUUUCCACAUUCGAGUAAAGACUCGUUUUGGUAUGACAAGCAUACGAUGAAAAAAUAUUCUAUUUCACGCAAAGAAAUGUUAUAAGUAAAUACAGCGGAGAUUAUCAGUUUCUCUAUACCAACACGUAUGAAUAGUGCUUUCUCAGUAAUUCCAUCUAAGUAAUGUUAUAGACCAGGCUUACUAGCACUAUGCAACGGAAGAACACGUGUGUUAUUAUCUCGAUGUUUAUCAUAAUUUACUCUAUUUCUCUUGUACACGAAAUGACUAUAGGGGGCCUACCUGGCUGCCACAAGGCCCUGCGCAGCUGUAUUGUACUUAAUGCCUCAAGCGUAUAAUUUCGAAUGUGUUAUACUGUUCUCGUUAUUCCAAGGAUCUUUUGAUAUGUAGCAAUAACACAGUUAUCGUGCUAUUUUCGUUCUGGUUACUUAAUUUUUUUUCACAAGCUGUUUAUUUUAUGAAGAGUAUUUAUGUUUUCAUUUCGGUUCCAGAUAAAUUUAUUUUAAUUUUUUCUCUUGGAUGUACUGUUUACAGAGAUUACGAUUUGUAUAUAUGCUCAAACGCAUAAUCCGGCUGGUUAACGUAUGGACACAACUGACAGGCCAAAACGUCAUGGCUUCUAUGUAAAUGCAUAAUCCUACCACAAGGUCCAUAAUACAGAAGCGCAUCAUUCUUUAUUGAAGUUUCGUUCCAUCUAGUCAUUGUUGCACAAUUUGAAAAUAUUAUAAAACACACAGUCCCAUUUUAUUGUUAGCUUCUUAAGCAAAGGAGAUAGUUAUUUUUGCAUAUUUUAUUUGUUGAAACUGUAAUAUUUGUUAUAUUAUGGACGGUGUGUCUAAGCGUCUUAAAUGAAGAAGCUAUAUGUACCUUCACAACUACAGGGCCACAAAGAUAAUGAAUUUUAUUUUUAAUGCGCAACCCAUUAAACCCAGACUACCAUGUAUGCGAUAUAUUUUUCAAAAAAUAGACUGAAAACAAACAUUUCAUAGCCGCCCCAAUGUCGACACCAAGUUCAAAUACCAUUUCACACAGAAUUAUUGACAAGAGUGUCUUAAAUGCUUUAAUCCAAAUUUCCAACAACUUGGUUUUCUGAAAGACAUCGCGUUCAUAAGGGAUAUCUCUUCUGGAUCCUGUUAUGAGAAAUAACGACCCAAUCUGAACUCGUUAACUAAUGCAUACUGCGAUACAUCUAUGUAUGUUCCAUAUUUCAUGAAAUCUCUGACUUACGGGCUACCUUCAUAAGUCCCUCAGUUUAUUUGCAUGAUCUAAUUUCAGGCAAUGAUUACUGCUCAUUUUGUCACUUAUCUUAGUGAUUUUGUGUGUGACUUUUUUUCAAGCGUUUUGACGUUCGAUAGCCUUGUAAAAUGUGGUGUGUAUUGUCAUGCCCUUAUUCGCACAAGUUUAGUUGUCAACUGUUGUCGCUGUUGUGUGCAUGUGCAACCUACCAUUUGGUCCCAAGGACUGGCUUUUGGUAGUUCUAAGUUAAUUGUUAGGGCAAUCUGGCCCGCGAGCAUGUUGAUUGGGUGUUUUGGAAACUUAAACACUUGGUUGAAGCGUGUUUACCCUUGGGAAAUUUAGUGCGAGAUAGAAUGGAUCGGUUUAAAUGCAUGCAUGAUUGCAGAAGGGAAUCCAUUUCAUGAUAUCGUAUGCUACUUUUCUGGCCUUCAUACCAAAGAAACUCAAGGGCUUUUGAUCUUCGUUUCCCAGUCUUCUGACAACAUAAUUUGUUAAAUUGAAAGUACAGUGAUAUAUGACGAAAUUUGUUACAGUAUAUAUUCUUCCUCUUUGAAGAUGGACACUGAGAGUAAUCUGAAAUCAACUUGAUUUUAAAAAAGUUAAGAAACAGCGUUAAUAAUGCUGGAUAUAGGGUGUAAUGUGUAAUUACACACAAUCCAAAGCCUAAUGUCGUAUAGAGGCUGUACACUAGCUUGGUUGAUAAACUCAGAAGAAAAAAAACGGCGCCAACUGAUCAACUCUUUAAAGCGGAAAGCAGAUAACUUGAUAUGAAUUUGCAACAAAAACAUAACUAACACUCUGUUUUCCUCACACCGCACUCCCCAUGGAUAAAUGUUGUGACUUUCUUUACUAUAUGGUUUCCUUGCUGUGUGAAUAUUAAUGGACCUAGUACAAAGGCCUUGGUGGAUUUUGUCACCAGAUAUGCGAUAAAAAUUAACUUUUACCGCACAGCAUUAAAAGUAGUUGGAGAUAAAAUAUAUUAAUCCGUCUUUAAACAAUAUCUUGUGUUUCAAAAGCGCGUUUAUGUUUGUGAAAAAAACUUCAGUAGUCAAGAAUUUCAAUGCACCAGAUAUGUGUUAUUUCCUAUACCAGAAAGUCAAAUGGCACCGCCCGGCUUCCGAACAUAUUUUAUAACUGACUCUUUAGUGUCAAAGAUAUACAUGUGUGUGAGAUGAAAUCAAAGCGAAUGAAUGUGAUUUGUAUGGAAAUGAAGUGUAGUAAAUGAUGAACUAAGUAGUUGUUUAAAAUUUUCUAAUUAAUAUACACACAAAAAAACCUGCGGUGAUAUUGUGUUCUGUAUGUUAUAUAGUUACUCUACGUGUAAUUUAAAUGGUUGACAUUAUUUCACAUUCGAAUUGAGUGUUGUUGUUAUAAUAAACUACUCAACAGUGAAUGACAAAACAAGUUUUUCUACUUGUAUACCGAGAAAAGUUAGAUUUCUUUCCUUAUUGUGAUAUACACUUACAAUGAUGUGGUGUAAAUGUUUUAUUAUUUAUGUCUGUGUCUUGUAAUUGUUUACCGUGACC